AUGACCUUGGAAAAAGAAGUUUUGGCGAGAAAAAUCGAGAAAACGCUGAAGAAAAUAGAGAAUUUACCUUCACUCAAAAGACAGAUGGCUGCGGCUGUUGAUCUUCGUCUUCAAAAGAAUCGUCUUAGUGAACUGGACAUGCAGCGUUUUGAGCAACGCGAUGGAGUAAAUCUUUCAAUGAUCAAUACUGAGAAGAAAAUUCAACGACUCAAGGAUCAACUGGCGGAAUUGCGAUCAAUCUCUGAAAAUCUUGAUCCGACCAACCUCAUAGCGCAGUUGGAGGACGAUAUUGCAACAAACACCUAUUUGCGGGAUGUGAAGCUUAAUGCAGAACGUGAGCAAAAACGUCAAGUUCUAAAUGACCUCGUACGAGUGUCGAACAUGCCUGCCAUCGAACAAUCAGAUAUCACAAAGCUACAGGCAGAGGUUAGCUUCAUCUUAACUUCACUGAUAACUUGAGA